GCCUGGGUUGCCAUGGAUACCAUGUCCCUAGAGCAUCAGAUCCAGAGCGUGCAACGCCACAUCAGCUUCCUGAAAAAAGAGCAGAUGGCCCUGCUGCGAGACCUGCACCUGGAAAUCCUGAGGCUGCAGAAACGCUGCUCAGAACUGACCCGUGACCUGGAGAUGAGAGAGGCCCAAUCUCACCAGCAAGAGGAGGCGUCCCGGGAGCUGGAGAGCAAGUGCCGCGCGCUGGAGUCGCAGCUGGCGGCGCGGGCGGCGGCCAACGCGGAGCUGCGGCGGGAGGUGGCGCAGCGGGAGGCGCUGGUGACGGCGCUGCGCUGCAGCCUGCGCGCCGAGGAGCGCCGCUUCCUGGAGGAGCUGCGCCGCCGCAGCCACCGCGCCACCGUGCUGGGCACCGAGCUGCAGAAGCACACCGAGGCGGCCGCCUACCUCUCCUGCCAGCUGCACGCGGCGCGCCAGAGACUGCAGGCCCCGCGCCCCGGCCCCGGCGCCGCCGCCGAAGCCCGGCCCCGCCGGCGCGCACAGCGGGCUCGCCGCCCGCCGGCCACGGAGGCCGCCGCGAAGGGCCCCGGCCGGGACUGGGCCGCCUGGGACCGCGCGGCCUGCGCCCUGGACGACGCCGAGCCCAUGCCCGACCCAGCACUCUUCCUCUGUGCCCGGAGGCCCCCGCGGCCCAGCGGCCGCAGCCCGCGCCAGCCGCCUCCCCUGGAGCCCCCGGACCUGGCCUCCCCACCGGCUGCGCCCAGUGCGCCCGGGGCCCCGGAGUAG